UGCAAUAUUUUGUGACAGUGAAGACUCCUGGGAAAGUGAGGAUCUAGGCAUGAAGUGCUUGGCAGCAUCAGUGUUGGUGGCAGUUCUGGCUUCAGUGUCACCAAUGUCUUUCACCUCCGUCGUCUUGGAAGAGUGGGAAGCGUUCAAGCUUGAGCAUGGAAAAACCUACGAGAACGAUGUCCAGGAAUCAUUCCGCAUGAAGAUCUACCUGGAGAACAAGCGCAGGAUUGCCACACACAACAAACUGUAUGCUACAGGACACAAGUCAUACAAGCUUGGUAUCAACAAGUAUGGUGACUUGCUUCAUCAUGAAUUUGUGUCGACAAUGAAUGGUUUCCAGUGGAACCACAUUGGUAACUACAAGUCCGGCCGCCUCUACACUGGUGCAACAUUCACUGAGCCGGAUGAUGAUGUUAUCAUGCCAGAGACUGUUGACUGGAGGGAUAAAGGAGCUGUGACGCCAGUCAAGGACCAGGGUCGUUGUGGCUCCUGUUGGUCAUUCUCAGCUACUGGAUCGCUGGAAGGUCAACACUUCCGCAAGACUGGUCAACUAGUAAGCCUCUCUGAGCAGAACUUGAUUGACUGUUCAGCUAAGUAUGGUAAUGGUGGCUGUGAUGGCGGACUUAUGGACUACGCUUUCCAGUACAUUAAGGACAAUGGUGGAAUUGACACAGAGGAAGCAUAUCCGUAUACAGCUAAGGAGAAUAAGUGUUGUUACAACGCCAGUGAGUCUGGUGCUGAAGACACUGGCUUUGUUGAUAUUAGUGAGGGAAGUGAAGACGCGUUGAUGAAAGCUGUGGCCACUGUUGGACCUGUUUCUGUUGCCAUUGAUGCGUCACGUGAUUCGUUUCAGUUUUACCGUCAUGGUGUUUACGAUGAAGCAGAUUGUAGCUCCACCUACCUGGACCACGGUGUUCUGGUUGUUGGUUAUGGCACUACUGAGGAUGGCACUGACUACUGGCUGGUCAAGAACUCCUGGGGCGCCACAUGGGGUGAUAUAGGCUACUUAAAGAUGAUUCGCAAUCAUAAUAAUCAGUGUGGCAUUGCUACUGCUGCUUCCUAUCCUCUUGUAUAAAACAAGUAGAGACGCUAGAGCACUGGAAAUAUGACAUCUGUUGAUAACUGGAUGAAAAUUUCAAUAAACGUUAAUAGAGUUAA